AUGAAAGUGCCAAGCCACCGUGCGUUAAGACCCCAAGCUUCCCUGCGCAGUUGGGGCCUCGGCUCCCCGGCCAGGUCAUCGUUCCGGCCCACCCUGCCCUACCCUGACCCCCAUUCUGCCGCAGCAAAGAUGGCCACCACCAACCCCCUGCGCUUCUCCUUGCCAGUCCUUCUGCAUACGACCAUUCUGCUGCUAUCGCUGCUGCUCACCUGCUCCUACGCCUUAUCACCACCAAGGUUCACUAAAGUUCCCGUCGACCAGACUGGUGUGUCAGGGGGCGUGGUCUCCUUCGUCUGCCAGGCUACAGGUGACCCCAAGCCAAAAGUUAAUUGGAACAAAAAAGGAAAGAAGGUGAAUUCACAACGUAUAGAGACCAUUGAGUUUGACGAGGGUGCCGGUGCCGUCCUCAGAAUCCAGCCUCUCCGAGCCCCCCGUGACGAGAACACCUAUGAAUGUGUAGCUGAGAACUCUGAGGGCGAGCUUACCGUCAACGCCAAGCUGUCCAUCAUCAGAGAGGACCUUCUUCCAGCAGGCUUCCCUAACAUUGACAUGGGCCCUCAACUUAAAGUGGUGGAGCGCACUCGAACGGCCACCAUGCUCUGUGCUGCCAGUGGCAACCCUGACCCAGAAAUCACCUGGUACAAAGACUUUCUACCCAUAGACCCCAGCACAAGUAACGGGCGAAUCAAACAGCUACGUUCAGAAACCUUUGAGGGUACCCCGAUUCGAGGUGCCUUGCAGAUCGAGAACAGCGAGGAAACAGACCAGGGGAAGUACGAGUGCGUGGCGUCUAAUCAGGAAGGCGUGCGCUACUCGUCCCCUGCUAACCUUUAUGUGCGAGAGCUUCGAGAAGUCCGGCGGGUGCCUCCUCGCUUCUCCAUUCCACCUACGAGUCAGGAAAUAAUGCCAGGUGGCAGUGUGAACAUAACGUGUGUGGCAGUGGGGUCGCCCAUGCCUUAUGUCAAGUGGAUGCUGAACUCUGAGGAUUUGACACCGGAGGAUGAGAUGCCAGUGGGCAGAAAUGUUCUUGAGCUGAGCAGUGUCCAUGAGUCAGCCAACUAUACCUGUGUGGCCAUGAGCAGCCUUGGCAUCAUCGAAUCUGUGGCACAGAUCAUUGUCAAAUCUCUUCCCAAGCCUCCAGGUACUCCUGUGGUUACUGAAACCACUGCCACAAGUGUUACCAUUACCUGGGAUUCAGGAAACCCAGACCCAGUGACACACUACAUCAUACAGUAUAGGUCCAAGUCCCCAGACAGCAAAUAUGACAUAAAGGAUGACAUCACCACUACACGUUACAGCAUUGGUGGCCUCUACCCCAACACGGAGUAUGAAAUCCGUGUGUCUGCUGUCAAUACAAUCGGGCAGGGUCCUCCCAGUGAGCCAGUUGAAACACGAACUGGGGAACAAGCCCCUGCCAGUCCACCAAGAAAUGUUAAGGCCCAGAUUCUUCCUCAAAACACAAUGAUGGUGCAGUGGGAAGAGCCCGAAGAGCCCAAUGGCCAGAUCAAGGGCUACCGAGUUUAUUAUACCAUGGAUAACUCACAGCUCAUGAGUCUCUGGCAGAUCCAUAAUGUCCAGGACAGCAUCAUCACCACUAUCCAGAGCCUUGUCCCUCAGGAGACAUACACUAUCAGAGUCCUUGCAUUCACCUCUGUGGGAGAUGGACCUUUCUCAGAGCCCAUCCAUGUCAAAGUAGUGCAAGGAGUUCCAGGACAGCCAUCCAAAUUCCAGGUUGGCGCUGUGUCUGACACCAGCAUUGAGCUGACCUGGGAACCUGCCUAUGAGAAAGAAGGAAUUAUAAAUUAUGAACUCCGCUACCUGGAAGGCAAUGUUGGCACCCAGAUGAAGAAAACAUUUGGACCCACGAGAUCAUAUGUUGUGGAAGGUCUCCGUCCAAAUACAGAGUACCGCUUCUCCCUGGCAGCUAUUUCUAACAAAGGCAUUGGGGCCUUCACAAAUGAAAUUUCACAGAAGACCUUGCAAGCCAAGCCCUCAGCUCCCCCUCAAGAAAUUAAAUGCAGCAGCACCAGCUCCACCAGCCUGUUGGUAAGUUGGCGCCCUCCGCCUCUGGAGAGUCAGAAUGGUGACCUGACGGGGUAUAAGGUGCUCUACCAAGUGGUGGGCCCAUCAGAGGGGGCUGGUGAUGACACCGAGGUCAUGGAGGAGCCCAUGGUGCCUCCAACUGAAGAGCAGAUGUUGCUUCAGCGAUUGGAAAAGUGGACCCAGUACCACAUCACUGUGUCCGCCUCUACUGCGAUUGGGUCGGGCCCGGAGAGUGAGCCCCUGAUCUGUAGGACAGAUGAAGACGUUCCUGGGGCUCCACCAAGGCGGGUCGAGGUGGAAGUCCUCAACUCUACAGCAAUUAAGGUGAUGUGGCGCUCACCAACACCAGGCAAACAAAACGGUCAGAUCCGUGGCUACCAGGUUCAUUACGUCCGUGUGGAAAAUGGCGAGUCACGGGGCCUGCCCCUCAUCAAGGAUGUCAUGCUUGCUGAUGCCCAGGAAAUGGUCAUUGAAGGACUCAAGCCAGACACUACUUACUCCAUCACAGUGGCAGCGUACACCACCAAGGGGGAUGGAGCUCGGAGCAAACCCAAAGUGGUGGUGACCAAAGGGGCAGUGCCUGGUCCACCUUAUCUGUCAGUGGCUCAAGACUCAAAGUCAUCAGCUGUUGUUCACUGGGAUCCUCCAGACCUGACCAAUGGCAUGGACCUCCAUGGAUACCGGCUUCAGUUUGGCCGAAAAGAUGUCUUUCCUUUGGCCAUACUGGAAUUUGCUCCCCAAGAGCGGCAAUACUCUGUGGACAGCAUUCACCGGGGGGCCACUUAUCUCUUUAAGAUCUCAGCCAAGAGUAGAGGGGGCUUUGGGGAAGAGGCUGUGGCAGAACUUACCGUGCCUGAGAAUACGCCAGGGGGAUACCCUCAAAUUAAUGAGGGCUCAAAUGUAACAUGCUGCUCAGUACAGCUGUCCUGGUCUCCACCAGUGCUGGCAGAGAGGAAUGGGGUCAUCACAGAGUACACUUUGGCCUAUAAAGAAGCGGGUACAGGAGAAGCACCACAAGAACUCCGCUUGCCUCCCAGCCUAUCCAGCUAUGUGCUCAACAGCCUGAAACCGAACUCGCCAUAUGAUGUGAAAAUACGUGCACACACCAGUGUAGGCCCAGGGCCCUACAGCCCGCCUAUCCAGUAUCGGACGGUGGCCAUUGAUCCAGCAGAUGUUCCAAAGAAUUUUACUGUGAAGUGGGCCACAAAGACUGCAGUAGUCCUUGCAUGGAAGUUUUCCAAAACCACAUCUCCAUACAAAUGCACGAUUGAGUACAACCACCAGAAGAUGGAUGUGGAUGCCAGGAAGAUGAAGGCAUACAUCACAGGGUUAAAACACAACACUACUUACAAGUUUAGGGUAACCUGCCAAGAAAGCAUGGAUGCAGGGCCGCAGCAUCGUGUGGAGGCCAGGACUGCACCACUCAUCCUGCUCAAGAAACCCAAGCUAGACAGCUACUUUGAGCCAGAGAGUGUGCUCACCAUGUCCUUCCCACCAGUAAAUACCAAGGACGUCAAGAAUUUUUAUGUAGUUGUGGUGCCACUUAAGACAUCUUCGGGAACCGUUAAAAACCUGAUGAACCCUGAUGAGAUGGACAUGGAAGAGCUAUUGCGGGAGGUGAUCCCAAAGCGUCGUUCACGUCGUCAACUGGCACAGCUGGACCAGAGAGAUCCCUACAUCACAGCUUGCUUCAGACAGCUUCCCACCAGCUUCACGGUGGGAUCUGACCAUCGCCACAGCACCUGUGAGAAUAAGCCUCUUAAACCUGGUCAGGAGUACGUCUUCUUCUUAAUGGCUGAACUCAAUGCCACUGCAGGGAGAAUGUUUGCAACCAGUCCUUACACCGACACUGUGAAGACUCCCGAUUUGGUGGUGGACCCUUUGCCAGUAGAAACUGGUGAUGGACUGAUAUGGGUGGUUGGCCCUGUCCUGGCUGUUGUCUUCAUAAUCUGCAUUGUCAUUGCCAUUCUUCUCUACAAAAACAAACCAGACAGCCGCAAAAGAAAAGAGUCAGAGCCCCGCACAAAAUGCCUGCUCAACAAUGCAGAUAUUACUCCCCACCACCCUACAGACCCUGUAGAGAUGAGACGCAUCAACUUCCAAACUCCAGAUUCUGGUCUAAGCAGUCCUCAGAGUGAAGCAGAUUUUGACUAUGAAAGUAUGAUGAAUCAUCCUCCUAUCCCUAUCUCAGAGCUGGCUGAACACACAGAACUUCUCAAGGCUAACGACAACCUCAAACUCUCCCAGGAAUAUGAGUCUAUUGAUCCAGGCCAGCAGUUCACCUGGGAGCACUCCAACCUGGAGGUGAACAAACCCAAAAAUCGUUACGCCAACGUCAUCGCCUACGACCAUUCCCGUGUCAUCCUAGCUCCUAUCGAGGGGAUAACAGGUAGUGACUACAUCAACGCCAACUACAUUGAUGGAUACAGGAAGCAGAAUGCCUACAUAGCGACACAGGGUCCCUUACCAGAGACAUUUGGGGACUUUUGGAGGAUGGUGUGGGAACAAAGAGCAGCCACUGUGGUCAUGAUGACUAAGCUGGAAGAGAAGUCACGGAUUAAAUGUGACCAGUACUGGCCCAGUCGUGGUACAGAAACCUACGGUAUGACCCAAGUGACCCUGCUGGAUACCAUAGAAUUAGCCACUUUUUGUGUACGCACUUUCUCCCUGCACAAGAACGGCUCGAGUGAGAAGCGAGAAGUUCGACAGUUCCAGUUCACAGCGUGGCCUGACCAUGGUGUGCCAGAGUACCCAACCCCUUUCCUGGCCUUCCUUCGUAGGGUGAAGACUUGCAACCCACCUGAUGCUGGACCCAUCAUAGCUCACUGCAGUGCGGGUGUUGGUCGGACAGGCUGCUUUAUAGUAAUCGAUGCCAUGCUGGAGCGUAUCAAGCAUGAGAAGACGGUCGACAUUUAUGGCCAUGUGACACUGAUGCGCUCACAGCGGAACUACAUGGUGCAGACGGAAGACCAGUACAGCUUCAUUCAUGAUGCACUGCUGGAGGCAGUUGCCUGUGGAAACACUGAAGUGGCAGCCCGGAGCCUGUACUCCUACAUCCAGAAGCUAGCCCAGGUGGAGAGCGGCGAGCAUGUCACCGGCAUGGAGCUAGAAUUCAAGCGUUUGGCCAACUCCAAAGCCCACACGUCACGGUUUAUCAGUGCCAACCUCCCUUGCAACAAGUUCAAGAAUCGGCUGGUCAACAUCAUGCCCUAUGAGACGACGCGUGUCUGCCUGCAGCCAAUCAGAGGCCUGGAAGGAUCUGACUACAUCAAUGCCAGUUUUAUUGAUGGAUACAGGCAGCAGAAGGCUUACAUUGCUACACAGGGCCCUCUGGCAGAGACUACAGAAGACUUCUGGAGAAUGCUCUGGGAGAACAACUCCACUAUUGUAGUCAUGUUGACCAAACUUAGAGAAAUGGGACGGGAAAAGUGUCACCAGUACUGGCCGGCAGAGCGCUCUGCCAGAUAUCAGUACUUCGUGGUGGAUCCCAUGGCAGAGUAUAACAUGCCUCAGUACAUCCUGCGAGAGUUCAAGGUCACAGAUGCCAGGGAUGGCCAGUCCAGAACAGUAAGGCAGUUCCAGUUCACUGAUUGGCCAGAGCAAGGUGUUCCCAAGUCUGGGGAGGGAUUUAUUGACUUCAUUGGCCAGGUGCAUAAAACUAAGGAGCAGUUUGGACAAGAUGGCCCAAUCUCUGUCCACUGCAGUGCUGGAGUGGGAAGGACUGGAGUCUUCAUCACCCUCAGCAUAGUUCUGGAAAGAAUGCGUUAUGAAGGUGUGGUUGACAUCUUCCAAACAGUGAAGAUGCUCCGGACACAGAGGCCGGCUAUGGUCCAGACUGAGGAUGAGUACCAAUUCUGCUACCAUGCAGCUCUGGAGUACUUAGGAAGCUUUGAUCACUAUGCAACGUAAAAGCCAUCUCUUCCCCCAGAAUCCUGUUGGCCCCGACCCACCUCAACAGUUUCCUGAGCCAUAGAACUUUGAAAUUUGAAACAACAACUGCAGACAACAAUUCUGCUGCCCCUAAUUCAGACACAUCGAACAGUAGCCUAUAGAUUUUUUUAGAAGACAACACCCAAAUCAAGAAGUUUAAUGUAAUUCCAAUUGAGACAUGAGAAAAUUACCCAAUUUCAAGAGAAGAACAUCCUCUGCAGGAGCAAGAAGCUGUGGCUCAAACUGUGGGGCGGGUGUUGAUCAAAAUGUCAGACUGCUUACCUUACCUCAAGUGUUUCAAUGUGGAGGACAUUGUAAACAUUCGUGGACGUUUCUCUUCUAAAAAAAAUAUCUUUGUGAUACAACAGCAACAAGCAACAGAAAAUGAAGGAAAAGGAAAGCAUAAAUCAAUGAAAAGCAGAUGGAUGUAGCCAAGACUGAGAGACUUGUUUUGGGGGUGUAAAAGAGGUUCAAGUAUUUCUAUCAAACGUUUUUUUGUUUCAUUUUUUGUGAGUGUUAUCCAGAGAAAUGGCCAAAUUACUGCCUCUGUAAACUCAAUGGACUUUUCCCAAACUGCAGUCACCCAAACACAUUGAAACAGAAGAAGAAUGCUCCCAUUUGGCAGUAAAUAGAAACUGAGUUUUUUCAUGAUUCCUCUAUUAUUAUGCAUAAUUUGCGCAGGAAAAAUACUCAACUAUUAAAGUACAUGUCACCGAACUGCCUGUUAAGUAAGAGCUUUGAGAGGGCUCUCGCAGUGGUUGUCAGGAAGAACGCAGCAACACAUAUCGUAAAAUCUGUUAGUUUUAUGAAUUGUGAACUUGUGUAAAAUCAGUACCCCAAGCCAGGUAACCACAGUGAAGUUACAGAGAACCACGGUUUGUUUGCAGCGACAGGUUCUCCAGGAAGCUCGUGUCUCAGUCACCAGAUAAAUCAAGGAAAACAUCAUCUGUACCAAGAAUCUUUAACUUGGUCUCUUGCUGGAUGGCAAAGGUGAGAGAAAUGGCAACCGUGUCCCAUGAUUUUUUACAACCUCUCCUCUCUUUGGAACGAUGGCAUUAUGGGGCUGCGGCAGUCACAUCUACCUUCAGUCUGGUGGGACGAAAGGCUUUCAAUCAAUGGAUCAACCAAACGAGGAUUGCCGCAAAGUAGCGGCUUUCUUUGUGUACAGUGACCAACGCUCAUCAUCGUCGUUUGGAACUUUUUUUGUCUUAUGAGGAACUAUCUUUUGUUUUCUUCUAUUUUUGUUUUCUUUUCUGUCAAAACCAAACAUGCUGCUUAUCUCGUGUAUGCUGUACAUGACAUGUGACUCUUAAACAAGAGGAAACUGAUGAAUAAAAGAUGCCAGCUCUGCUAACUCCUCGCGCCCAGGUGGGCAUGACUGAAAGUGCAUCCACGUGACGUCAUCGUCCACUGCUCCGUUUUUUUGUUUGUUUCUUUAUUUGAGCCUCCUCUAUAAUCAUCUAUCUCGUUGUGCUUGACACUCAAAAGUGAUAAUGGCCUGUUGCAAUUACAAAGCUGUACAUUAAUGUGGUCGACAAAUUGGCCCAAAGUUCCACUGUGUGUGUGUCUGGUAACUGGUGGAUACGCAAAAUAGAUGCUUUGCUGUUUUCCCUCCAUUUUAUAGAUGAUGUCUGUGUGGGUAACACAGCCAGACCAAGCAGCCAUGUUGGAUCUCAAUGCCAUGGUGUGUUAAUGAAAUUCUUCAACACGAAUUACUUGCACAUCCCGAGAAAAGAGACUAAACUUGAAACAGAUACCCCUAAAACAACUGCAGGUUGACACACUAAAGUUAAUGUGUCUGACAUAUAGAAAAACAACAACAAAAAAAUGUUUUUGAUAUCUCCUGGUUUUCCUUCGGAGGACAGCUCUUUGGUAUAAGUGAGCGUAUGGAUUCUGCGAUGGUUUCCAGUGGUUGUGCACAAAAGCCAGAGCGAUGGACAGAACUGUGUGUAAUCUUUUUUUUUAUUUCCAAAAAAGCCUUAUUGUUAUUGUAACAUUAUAAAAGAAAAACAUUAAUGUUGUAUUAUGACAAGUUAUUUUACAUUACAUAAUUGACUUUUUAUUUUCUUUUUGGUUUAGUUUUUUAAGAGAUGUUGUAUGACAUUUUUUAAAAUUAGCCGGUAAAGAGAAAUGCUAAUCUGUUCAUAUUAUGUUAAAAGACAUUCUAUUUUUUCACUGUAGAAAGGUUAAGUAUAACAUGUCUGUGUGUAUGUGUAUAUAUAUGUAUGUAUGUAUAUACAUAUAUAUACUGAACACUCACACAUUCAUAUAUAUUAAAAUGCAGAAUAUGAAGAUAUAUCCAAAAACUUAGUAUAAAUUUAAUUUUUCUCAUCUUUUUUUAUGCCGUUUUCAAAUUACAAUGGCUCCUCAUUACUUAUGUUUUGCCUUUUUUUAACAUUUCUGUGUAAUCCCAGACACCCUGUAUGUCUCUUACAGUAAACUGAGGGGAUGUCAACCUAUGCCUGAAUAGUUUGCCUCCACUCAUCUCCCCACUAGGUAAAACCUCUACCAAUGAGGAGAUGUCAUUUUAAAAGCUAGUCAUCACUAACUUGUGAAAAUUAAUGCUCCGUUUUUAUUUGAUCUACUAGUAUCAAUCAAAAAUGUAAUAACUCUAAUUUUUGUUAUCUGUAUCAACUUGUCGUACUGUACCCUGUUUGAUUAUUUACAGACUGACCCUCACAAUCAUAUUUUUUUUUUUUUUUUGUUUUGUUAAUAUUUUCAGACAUUGUGGACAUUCAUUUUAUUAGAAAUCCACUAUGAUCUAGAGUAUACCUGUAAAUAAACAAAUAUAUAGAUUAUAUGUAUUUGUAUAAUUUUACCCUCAAGAUCUCAUACAUUAAGUGGGAACAGAAAUGCACAGAUCAAGGUUCUGCUCAUAUCCAGCUUCUUGGUGUUUGUGAAGACUGUUUUCUGAAACCCUCUAUCUCCAGUCCUGCUCCCUGGUCUUUAAUUACCUUUCAAAUCUUUUUUCUACCUUUAAUUUCCCCUGCUAGCAGCUACACUGGGAAACUUGCCAGCUUCUGUUCCAGUACCCCUAGCCUCAAUAA